CAUUUUUCCAACCCUCUUUCGUCGUUUUGUUGUGAUGUUUGUUUUGCUUUACUUAUCAAAUUAUGAUUCAUCGAAGGGGCAUCGUGUUGAUUAGCUCGGUCCGGAAAUCUGUCAACACAAAGCUGUGCCGCGAUGGCGACCGAAUUCCUCGCCGAGAAUAAUGUGUGCGGUCAAACGAUUCUGCAAAUCGUCGCGGAAGGAAAUACCAUCAUUUGUGAACUAUUGCGGCUGAAGGAUUACGUACCGGAGCUAUUCUACUUGAAAACGAAGGAAGAGCAGCAAAAGUAUGGCGAAAUCAUCAAAGACUUUGGCUACUUUCAAAUCGCCGAUGCACAGGAAGCAAAGAUCGAAGCGGACGAAAAGCUGCGGCUGCUCGAUGAAGAGCUGCGGGAAAACUAUAUCGUUACGCUGAACCGGUUCUACAUCGUGUUUGAAAGCAUACACAAGUACGUGAAGGAUCUGAACACGUUCAUCGAGGAGCUGAACACGGGCCUCUUCAUACAGCAGUCGAUGGAGAAGGUGUUUCAGGAUGCGGAAGGCAAACAGCUGAUGUGUGAAGCGCUGUACCUGUACGGUAUGAUGCUGCUGGUUGCCGAUCUGCACAUUCCUGGCAUCGUGCGGGAACGCAUACUGGUGUCGUACAAUCGGUACAGUGCACUGAAAACGCACAGCGACAGCAGUAUAGAUGAGGUUUGCAAAUUGCUCCGUUCUACCGGGUUCAAUGAUGGUGCGGUCGGUAGCAACGGUGGCGGUGCGGGUCGUAAAGUGGCCAGCUAUCCGGAGGACUUUUUUGCCCGCGUUCCCAUCAGUCCCCUUUACAUCGAGAUGGUCAUUGGCCGGCUACGGUCGGACGAUGUGUACAACCAAAUCGCCGUUUACCCGCUGCCGGAGCAACAUUCAACGGCACUCGCCAACCAGGCCGGGAUGCUGUACGUCUGCCUGUUCUUCUCACCCAAAACGCUCCACAAUCAAUCGGCACGAAUGCGUGAAAUCGUGGACAAGUUCUUCUCCAACAAUUGGAUCGUGUCGCUGUACAUGGGCAUCACGGUUAAUUUGAUAAGUGCCUGGGAACCGUUUAAGGCCGCCAAAACGGCACUCACCAACACACUCGACAAUGCCAAUCUGAAGGAAAUAUGCCACCGGCAGAAGCAAUCGAUGGACACGCUACUAACCCGCACCCGGAACAUUCUGCGCGAAGGGAACCUAACUGAGCAGAAUCUACUCGAUCACAUGCCGAAGGUGAUGGCGCUGGUGCGCGACUGCAACAUAACGGUGCGCUGGAUAAUGCUGCACACGACCAGCGUGAGCAGUGCGCUCGAUAUCGCCUCCGCUGCCGCCUCCAAACGGUGCCGCCAGGUGCGAGAGCUGAUCGAGCAGGAGACCGAGUUCCGGGGGGUGGUAUUUUUCGAACUGUUGCUCAACACAAGCCAGCUUGAGCUGAAAGUGCGCGAAAUGUUGAAACGAUUGCUGGAGGAACGGGACGACCGGUGGGCCGACUAUCGUCGGGAAGCGACCGACCGUAUGCAGGAUCUGGCGGAUGCGUUUUCCGGCGCAAAGCCGUUCGUGAAAACGCGCCAAAACGAAAGCUUAAGCCGAUGCUUCGCCAACAUCCGGAAGGAGAUCGAUGGGCUGAGCAGGGAGGAGAAACAGCUGAGCCAAACCGGGCGCACGAUCAUUCAGCUGCUGCAGGCACUGGAAGAGGUGCAGGACUUCCAUGGGCUGAGCCGCAACAUGCAGGUGAAACAGCACAUCGUCGAGACGCGCCAGUACCUGCACGAAAUGUUCCACACCAUUAGCAUCAAGGAGAAUGAUCUGAUAAAUUUGCAGCUGAUCGGAGAUUUCAGCUACGCGUGGCGCCUGAUCGACGGGUACACCGGGAUGAUGCAGGAAAACAUACGCCAUCAGCCGCGGCUAGUGAUAAAGCUGCGCUCCACAUUCCUGAAGCUGGCGUCGGCACUGGAAAUCCCGCUGCUGCGGCUCAAUCAAGCCGAAUCGGAACAUUUGAUCGAUGUGUCGCGUUACUAUAGCAACGAGCUGGCGAACUUUGUGCGCAAGGUGGUGCAAAUCAUUCCGGAAACGAUGUUCGCACUGCUCGCCCAAAUCGUUGACCUGCAGACGAACGUGCUGAAGGAGUUGCCGGCGCGGCUCGAGAAGGAACGCAUGAAGGAGUACGCACAGUUCGAGGAGCGGUUUCAGAUCGCGAAGCUCACCUACACCCUGUCCACCUUUACCGAGGGCAUUCUGGCGAUGCAGACCACGCUCGUCGGUGUGGUCGAACUGGACUCGCGGAAGCUGCUCGAGGAUGGCAUUCGCCGGAAGUUGGUACAGAACGUGGCCGAAGCGUUUCACCAGCAGCUGGUGUUUGGGCAGAAGGGGAAGGAAUCGGAGCUGUACCCGCGGCUCGAUGCGCUGCACAAGACCAUCCACGGGUAUCGGCGAUCGUUCGAGUACGUGCAGGACUAUCUCAACAUUCACUGUAUGCGCAUCUGGAACGAGGAGAUGGCGCGCAUUAUUCAGUUCAAUGUGGAGAAAGAGUGCCAACCGUUUCUGAAGAGUAAACCGCACGACUGGGAACAGUCCGGGGCUGGCGGUGGCGGUGAUCUGGAGAGCGGUUUAGUACCGAUUCCGAUCUACCAGCCGGUCGAUAUGACGUCGAUUAAUUUCAUGGGCCGGCUGGCUCGGGAGGUAGUUCGUAUUACCGAUCCAAAGACAACGAUCUACAUCGACAUUUGCUCCAGCUGGUACGACUACAAAACACACAAGCUGCUGCUGACGAACAAAUUCGCCCAUAAAAUCAACGAAACGUUCGGUCCCGCCGGACUGAUCGGACUCGAUCGGCUGUACGGAGCAAUGAUCAAGUCGGAAUUGGAGCUGCUGCUCGGUGCGGUACAACGCAAGAUUCAACACGAAGCUGGUAGCUGGGGCGAUGUGUUGGCGAGCAUUAAAGCCGACCUCGAGCGGGCGGAUAUUGUAGCCAAUCCGGCCAAAACCUAUCCAUCGCUCGUCUCAAACACGUCGCGCUUCUUUAGCACCAGUUCGUUUGGGGACUGGUUGCUGAAAAUAGGACAGAAACAAACGCUUCGCUGCCAGCUUGCGCUGGAGCUGAACUGCAGCUGCAAGAUAAGGGCAACCAAGCUGGAAGCUUCCCUAAAAACGCUCAAUGAAGCUAUUCUGCUGGAAUUCCAGCAGCACCAGCUGAACGAAGCUCAUCCACUGCCGCGUGCCGAACUGGUGGCCGAACUCAACACAUACCUGCUGUACGCUGGGCUGUACGAUCCUUACCGGAAGGUGUACAUCAAACAGGAACCUGCGCGCUUUUUACCGCUGCUGCUCUUUCUGUACCUUACCGGCACCCUGGCCAAGCUACAGUACAUGGAAAAUGUGGACAGUUUGGUGGCCAAGCGGAAGAACGAAUCGAUCGAUGGUCAUCCGCUUACGAUCGGGCUGCUAACCGUGCUGCGGCAGUUCGAUGCGUCCGAGACGGACCUCUUUCUGCAGUACCUGUGCCAGUACGUGCUGUCCUUUGUGCACGCCGCUAAUCUAGACGCGAAGACGCCGGUUGCGAGUGAAGCUUUGUUCGCGUUACGGUUUCUGGAGAUUUUUACGCGCGUCGCGGACAUACCGAGAAGCUAUCUGGAGCAAUACCUUUCGGCGGUCAUACUGGACCAGUACAUAUUUGUUGCGGACAUAAAAUGACCUUUGCGUUUCUUCAAGUUAUUCCAAUAAUCUGUAUUCUUUAGCUGUACUGUAUUACAUCCAAUGUAAAUCCAAUCAAAAAUGCUAUUAAAAGCUGUAUAGUAGUGUAAUGGCCAAUUGUAAUCACA